UCACAUUAAAAUUUCUCCUUUAUAUACAAUGUAAGUCAUAUGUAAUGUUUCUAAUAAUUAAGAAAAAGAAAUUAAAAAAGAAAAAUAACAAAAGGAGACACUUAAUUAAGCAAACACGAUAAGAACAAUAAAACUUUUGUGUUUUUUAAAAAAGAGAUAGCAAUGGUUAAGGAAACAGAUUUAUUAUAGCAUGGGAAGAGUCAUAGCAGUGUGUACCACAGUAAAGCUAUUUCGAAGCAUUAGCCAUAGGUCACAAUAAUUCUCAGAGGUGAAUUUCGUCAAAUCAAGCAAAUUCAAGUGGAUACAAAAAUGAAUGGUGGUGAUGGCUAAGGUGGGAUCUAAAUAAAAGUUGAUUUAUUAAAUGACCCUAAAAAUACUAGCACUGUCGUAAAUGAUAUCAUCCCACACCUAUCUGAAGAUGAGAAUAUUGAAUUUAAGGAUGAGGAGGAGGAGGAGUAUGAGGAGGAAGAAGAAUAAGAAUAGGAUUGUGUUUUAACUACAUCAUCAAGAUCAGUAGUUUAAGAUAUUGCCAAUACAUCAAGUAACAUGUAGUCCCAGAUUAGCUAAGAGUAAGUGACUAUUGAUAAAUUCAUUUUGUAACAUCCUGUGCUUAUCGCAACUCGAGUUGUGAAUCUCUACCCUAAAGAAAUCUUCCUGAAUACUUGGCAAAAAUACAUCAAGUAGGAAAGAAUAGAAGAGAAGAUGGGUAUUGAGACGAUUAACGUGUUGUCAACGUUUGCGUAAAAGAAUCCUACACUGCUUAACAGUGAAGUGAUUGAAAACCUAGAAAGGAUUAAUGCUUAGACUUAGCCUAUCAAUCUCUGUAACCAAGUAGAGAAUUGGUGGGAAUUGUUAGGAUAUGGUUUGAAAAUAUACAAAAAAUCGAGCUCCUAGAAAAACGAGAGGAAUUAUGGGCGUAAGCCUAUGAUAAGUGAUAAUGUUCUUGGUUACAUUUAUGCGUACUUUUGCAUUCAUGACUUGUUGAAACCUCUAAAUACUUCUCGUAGUUUGAUCCCUGGGAAUAUUUUUAGGACUUUUGCAUAAUAAUUAGGAUUUCAUAUCCCUAAUAAUCAUAAGUAUAUUAGUGACCUUAAAGCCCGUAUGCUUUACCUAUAUGAAAAGCGCUUAAUUCGUAAAGAUAAGAAACUGUGUUUGUAGAAAAAUUUAAUGCCAGUUGAGAGAGGUGGAGGAGGAAUCCUCAUCAAGGAUAUUGGAAUAGCCUCCCCCUCCUCUGCCUAGCCUGAACUGAUUAAAAAGGAAGAUGAAAAUAGUAGUUGUGAAGAUGAAGUUGAAAAGAACCUGGUUUUAUAAUUUAGAUGA